CACGAGCCCGCAAGGAGCGCACAAUCCUCUGCGUCCUCGUACCGGAUCGCGAACCCCAGUUCCAUCACCACCACCGGCCACCAUGUCCAGCGAGGAGCUGGCCUGCAAGCUGCAGCGCCGGUUGAGACUUGAGACGCGGGCAGAAACCCACCAGGACAGCCCCCAGGCUGCACCGUGCACUGCCCCAGCCCGGCACCGGGAGCCUGAACCGCUUACCCCGGCGUCCACGGCCAACGCGGACUCCGAGCUGAACCUCAAACUGAGCAGCAGGCUGAACAUCCACCAGGGCGCAGCGCGGUCCCGCCGCUCCAAGGUCUUCAACCCCUACACAGAGUUCCCGGAGUUCAGUCGCCGCCUCCUGAAGGAUCUGGAGAGGAUGUUCAAAACGUAUGAUGCUGGAAAAGAUGGAUUCAUCGACCUGAUGGAGCUGAAACUCAUGAUGGAGAAACUGGGGGCCCCUCAAACCCACCUGGGCCUGAAGAAUAUGAUUCAGGAGGUGGAUGAAGACUUCGAUGGCAAGCUCAGCUUUCGGGAGUUUCUGCUCAUUUUCCACAAGGCUGCUGCUGGAGAGCUGCAGGAGGACAGUGGGCUGCUGGCACUGGCCAAGUUUUCCGAGAUCAAUGUUGCCCUGGAGGGUGUCAAAGGUGCCAAGAACUUCUUCGAAGCCAAGGCCCAGGCCUUGGCCUGCUCCAGUAAGUUCGAAGCUGAGUUAAAAGCUGAGCAAGAUGAGCGGAAACGGGAAGAGGAGGCCAGGAGGCUCCGCCAGGCAGCCUUCCGGGAGCUCAAGGCAGCUUUCAGCGCAUAGUCCUGCUGACCUGACCCUUGACCACAGCUGUGCCUUACUGACACCCUGGAGGUGAUGACUAGGAUUUUCACAUUUUAAUCCUCGCAGCCUUCUGCGCAAAUGACCUCCCCUUCAAGGCCUAGGCCUGUUUCUUAGUGCUUCUGGAUAACCAGUGACUGCUUUCAUCCUUUCCAGGGUCCUGGCCCCUUUCAAACGGUUCGCCAGCUGGUUUCCCCAGCCUUCACUCCUCUGCCGUUAUCUGUAGCCGAGAUUUGUUUCUUACUUGUUCCCGAGUAGUCCUAUGUCAACAAGUCCUGUUUAUCUAUGGUUCUCAGAGGACAUGUUGCACGUCAUCUCGUGUAGUUUUUUUUUUCUUGUGGUCCUUGCAUUAUUUCCCAGUCAGCGUCUGUCUUCUUGUCAUUACUCAGAUUCCACUGACUUCUUUUUCACCGUCUUUCACCCUAGUAUGAUGGCGGGAUUUGAAGGAAGACUUGUGAAUUAGACCCUCUAUCCCCACCCCACUCCGAAACAGGGGACUAACUUGAUGCUGUCUUUGCCUGUCUCCUGGCACUUAACAAUGUCUACGUUUUCGUUCCCCCUCAUUCUUCAUUUCACAAUCCAGUCAUUUUAAGUCCUUUACUGUUAAGAAUGAAAGAAUCGUCAGAAGUAAUUAAUAUUAGUGAGUAGAAGGAUAGCUGUCAUCCGACCCCAUGCAAAUCAGGGUGGACCUGUGAAAUUCUCAAGUGACAUCCAAGGUCUUUUGAAGUCAUGACCAUCUUCCGGUGUCUGACAUCAGCUCCAAAGAACUGAAAGAAAUGUAUUCUCACCCAUGGGACAGAUUUUUUUAUCUUGUGAGUUUCUUGGGACUUCUCACAAAUACCAGGGGGUUGUAUUUUUUAACAAAAACAAAAACAAAAAUUCUUAAUGUCAUAUUUAUUACUUCUCUUUUGUAACUGCUGUCUCUACAAUAAAGAAAACAUCUGCCCUUCUAUCUUACAACUGUUUACUUUUAAAUAAAAUGAGCAAAUGAUCUUUGCCUUCA